CUAUGUGACUCUACAGUCCGGUUGUAUUUAAUGUGCCGCAGGCGCAGGUCAAGGGGAAUCUUAACUCUUAUUUAGCUCACAGCCAUUGGACGAUGUUAAGAUUAACAAAACCAAGUCAAACAUGCGGCGAUCUGAACAGCACUUUUCCUUCCCGGAGAUCUCUUUCAGCAGGGUCUUUAUCCAAAUUGUUGUUCUGCGAGAGUGUCUGAUGCUCUCUGAGGGCAGUGUCCAAAAACAUGGCUCAGUGGGCAUAUGAGGCUGAGCAAGAAUUGUCACUUGAUGAUAUUGAAGAUCGAAACCUGAAGGUGAUCAGAAGUACAUAAUUUGAAGCCCGAAGGUCAAUCAGAAAUCCAGAAGUUGAAGCCCAAUGGCCAGAGACGGAGACCAGAAGGUCUGCCCUGCAGUUGGAGAAUGGUCUGUGUGUGUGUGGUUUCUGCGAAGCAAGUUUUUCUUGUUCAUCUUCGUGGUAGGAAUUGGAGGGAGUUUCCAAUUUGGAUUCAACAUAUCUGCCAUAAAUACACCAUCAGAGUUUAUUAAGAGCUUCACCAAUGAAACUUGGAUUCAUCGGUAUGAAACUCCUCUGCAGGAAUACUCACUGAUGCUCCUUUGGUCUUUCAUUGUAUCCGUGUACCCGGUUGGAGGGCUGGUCGGAAGCCAAGUUGCUGCAGUUUUAACUGUGAAGUUUGGAAGGAAGAAAUGCCUGCUGUGUAAUAAUGUUGUGGCAAUUGGUUCUGCACUAAUAAUGGCAUUUAGCAGGACGUCAAGGUCAUUUGAGAUGAUUGUGGUGGGAAGAUUCCUGUAUGGAAUUAGCACAGGCCUUGGAGUGGUUGCUCACGGCUUGUACCUGGGAGAAACAGCACCAAAAGAAAUGCGAGGAGCUGUGUGUCUGACCCGCGCCGUAUUUAAUGCCAUUGGGAAGUCGAUGGGAUUGAUAGUCGGGCUCAGGGAACUUCUAGGUGAUGAAAACAAGUGGCAUUUAUUAUUGGCCUUCAGUGGGUUGCCUGCUUUAAUUCAGCUCAUCACCCUCCCCUGGUUUCCAGAGAGUCCCAGGUAUCUACUCAUAGAGAAAGGAAGCAGAGCUCUCUGCAUUGAUGCUCUGCAGAGACUGUGGGGUCCAGGUGAUUUCACAGAAGAGGUCGAUGAAAUGAUGGCAGAACGAGCUCAAGUGCAAGGGGCUACCAAAAUCAAUAUUAUACAGCUGUUCAGUGACAAAACGAUACGCUGCCAGUUUUUAACCGGCGUGGCUGUCAGUGCAGGCAUGCAGCUCAGCGGUGUCAACAUUAUCUAUUUUUAUGCAAACGAUGUUUACCAGCAGUUGGGAUUUGCCAAGGACAAGGUUCUGUACUUGGGAAUAGGAGCAAGUGGAAUUGAAAUAUUCACUUCAGUGAUCUGUGGAUUCAUUAUUGAUCGAGCUGGCAGAAAGGUCCUGCUCUGGAGAGGCUACUCCUUCAUGGCACUAUGGAUGUUACUACUGAUUAUUACACUCUCUCUGAAGGAAUAUUUCACCUGGAUUCCGUAUUGUAGCCUGGUCUUGAUCUUUGCUUACAUCUUCACUUUUGGGAUGGGUCCAGGCAGUGUGAGUGGAGUCUUGCCUUUGGAAAUAUUUACGCAGUCUGACCGAAGCAUUGCCUUGGUGGCAGCCAACUCACUGCAGUGGCUGUCUCUCUUCGUCCUGGGACUAGUGUUCCCUUUUGUCGUUGAUGUAUUGGGUCCAUUCUCCUUCUUCCUGUUCUUUGGAAGCUGCACCUUUGCUUCACUUUUCAUGUUUUACAUCCUCCCUGAGACAAAAGGGAAAACACUUCUUCAAAUCAAUGAGGAGUUUCGCAACCUGCGCGAGGCGAAGAGAACAAUGUGCCCAAGUCUCUGUAAGGAACCUGUUCCAAACCAGACAGUGGUCAUAUCUACAAUACUGUGACCAAAUGGGAGGUGGCAUCUGAACAAAAGCUUCUUCUGGAGUGGACCUACACUCAAUGCCACAGAGACAUCCCUCACAUUUAGCUUGUCUCCUGUUAAGGUGAGACUCAGUAAAAGGGUCCUCUUCAAUAUUACAGGUUAAAUGUUCAGCUUAAGGUCAUAACUACGUGGUCUUCAUCGAAGGUAAUAAAUAAAAAUAACUCGUAUUUACUGAAGUGUGACCCG